GCUCUUUCAAAUCGCUUUUCACUUCAGUUCUCUGCUCGUCAGAUGUGCCGUCGGUCUACAUUCAUUUCCUUCUGCCGAGGCUUCAAACGUUGUUCCCCUUGGCGAGUUUUUCAAGUCCAGAACGAUGUGUUCGCGUGUGACUGACUACGUUUCCCGUUUGACGAAGAGACGAGCUCGAUACAAUAAUGUCACUUCCCCUCGUGUUUGAAUGAAAAUUACGAGCCUGUGCUAGCCCGUCAUCUGGGGCCAAAUCAACCGGCUUUCCAAAUCUUUUCUAUGGCGUUUCGUAAUGGCUAGCUUUGGGCGGAGUGCUGUUUGUAAACUGUUCUCUGAGGCGUAAAACAUGAGCUAGAGAGACGAAGCCCAAUCCCAGAAGCCGGGGACCCAGACCACGUGUAGUGGGCCUGGUGUGAGACAAGGCAGACUGGCCUGAGCCUGAGGGCCUCGGCUACUAUUCGGGCGUGUGCAUCUCUGUAGCGGACGGUGGCGGUGAGAGUGCUUCGGCAGCAGCAGUACCAGCAGCAGUAGCAGCAGCAGCAGCAGUAGCAUGGCCAGCGUGUGCAAGUCAGCGGUGCAGACCUGGGGCAACAACGAGUGGGGCCAGACGGGCCAGAUGACCAGCGGCUCUAAGUCUGCACUGGGUGCAGCUGCAUUCACUGAUGGAGUGCAAAUGCUGUACGAGUGGAGCUGUCCAGCAUCGUCACCAUGGCCCGUCAUGGUCAAGCCCACGCCAGGCAAGAGCCCACCGACCAUGCCCAUCUCGUUCUCACGAGCAGCGGCUUCGGAAAUGAAGAGGCGCAACGAGAGCCAUGCGACUGCAGUGGCUGGCGACGCCAAGCGUGUCUGUCUCCCCGACGCAAACGCCGACGGUGAGGUUGAAGUCCACGAUGGAGAAGGAGCCGGGCCUAUUGUGCUAGAGUGUGGUAGAUUUUCGGGACUCGUCCACGGCGACGUUUAUGCCAGUGACGUCCUGGAAAAGCGUGUAGACAGCGGAGAUCAUGGUAAUGAUCCCAAUGGUGGUGCAGUCACUCCGCCGAUAAACGAAGACUGUGCAUCGUCCACUCCUCAAGACGGCGGCGACACAUCCACUUCUGCUGAACUUCGUGGAACGGGACAAGAACUGGUCGCGGAGCAUUUAGAAGAUGCAAAUGCAAACACCAGCGACAACAACAACAACACCGGAAGCAGCAGUGGCAGUGGCGGUGGUGGUGGCUCUGCUGCUGGUGCAGGUGCGAGUGGAAGUGUGCGAGCUUUCCACAACACGCACCUUGCCGAUGUGAAGUGCGCAUCGAACCACACAUUCGUCACCACAGUUUCCAAAGAAGUCAUUACUUUCGGACACUCCUACACAGGACAGCUGGGGACGGAUGAGAUACCUCGUCAUGGUAUACAAGGACCAUUGGUACUCAGGCCUGCCAACUUCCUGACUUCUGAUGGACAGGUGGAUACGGAAGCAGAGGACGACCGGAUCGAUCUGAUUGGCAGCCUGUGCCAGCACACAGUACUGGUGACGGAGAAAGGCCACAUCUACGGCUGUGGGAGCAACUAUGACCACCAGCUAUCUAACGAUAUACCCAAGUCAACGUAUGAUCAAUUCAAGGGUACUCCGCGUAGGAUAUUCCUCAACUUUCGUGAGAAUAUCCGGGGUGUGGCAGUCGGUCGUCAGCACACCGUGUUUCUGACCGACGGAGGAUUUGUUCACACAUGCGGGUGA